AUGCGGCCCCGGGCGCUUUUGCUGCUACUUCCGAGUGCAGUCGCCAGCGCAAUCCACAGCGAGGUCUCCCACGAUGGGCACGUAAGCCACAGCAAGGAGUCGGAGAAGAGCUCGGACAUGAGCAGCUCCGUGAAUUCGGAGCACCAGGAGGGCCAAUACCCGACCUUCGGCAGCAGCGGCUUUAGCAGUGGCGGCUUCGGCAACAGCUACGGCAUGAACAGCAUGGGCGGCGGAAUGGGUGGUGGAAUGGGCGGCUCCUACGGCAACGGCUUCAACUCAUACGGCUCUCCAGGGCCGCAGGGCUACGGCCAGCCAAUGGUCCGCUCCGGAAAUCCCAUGAUGGCCCGCUCUGGACAGCCCCAAUCCGGCUACGCCCCGACAGAGACAGAGAUGCACAUGCCACUGGGUGCGAAUGUGGAGCUCCAUUCUGACGACGGCGUGCUCUACUCAUCGCGAAGGCGCGCGGAAAAGAAGCCGGAGGACUACAAUUACGAUGACAACACGGUUCUGGGCAUGGCGAACUACAUCUACAAGGGCGAUGCCAGUCUGGCCACUCUGA